GGAAUGACCUGGCCCAAUUAUCUCCCUUGCAGAGCUGAAAAUUCCAGAGGUUCAGCAGCUUCGGAACACCCAUUUCCUACAACAAGGGUGUCCUGGGUCACUCAAGCCUAUGUAUCUCUGUGGGGGGAGGUGCUUAGGACCCAGUAGAAUUCUCUCUGAAUGACAGACAGUGCUUUAAAAGGCCAGGCAAAACCCAGAUGUGACAGCCUGUGCCAUCCACAGCGAAACAGCAGUCACUACUGCAGCAGCAGCAGCAGCAGCCUCCCAGCCCCAUUCCAGGUGCGGAGAAUUCAACAGCAGAACCCCUUCCUAGGGAUUUUAUGCAUCUCUUCUUCCUAGUCUUGGGCUACCUCCAGGGUGCAAUAAUUGCCUUGCUUAAGCUGUCUUCUCCCUGCAGCAGGAAAGGACUUUGAUUCCACAAACAAAGCAGAUCAUUGUAAACAGGACAAUAGUCCUUGUUCCCCCGUUCAUGGAGCUGGUACGAAAGCCAGCAGAGCAUCACCGGUUUGCUGUCUAGGAAAAUGGACAUCACAGCAGAGCAUGGAAAACUGAUAAGCCUGUCAGCUCCUGAGAAGGAGGGGUUAGAUCUGAAGCCGCUACUCCUGCCCUUGCUGGGAAGUUAUGAAGAACUCGCUGCUCUGGAGGAGACAGAAGUCAAGGAUGCUGCUGGCAAGUGAAGGACCAUCAGCCUCACUCGACUUAGGGAUCAAGAACUACUGGGAAGGAAGAUGGUGGCAGUGACAUAUACUCUGAACAUCCACUGGUACUUCUUGCUGCUAAGGCACAGGUCACUUUGAACUAGACCAUGGGGACAAUGGUAAACAGAACUAGGAUCAACUCUACCCAGGGUUUCGAUGCCUUCUCUUCACUUGGAGUGUCCCAGUUUCAGGAGGCCAUUGGCAUUUUCUUCAUGGUCAUGCUGAGUAUCAUUGCUUUGGUUGCCAACACAGCAGUCAUGGUAGUCAUCCUCAAGACGCCUCUGUUGAGGAAAUUCAUCUUUGUCUGCCACCUCUGCUUAGUAGAUCUGCUGUCUGCCAUUUUUGUCAUGCCACUGGGGAUCAUAUCCAGCUCCACCUGCUUCAACAGGGUAUUGUACAGCAUCGCCGAAUGCCAGACUCUGAUCUUCCUGAAUGUUUGCUUCAUCAGUGCCUCCAUCUUCACCAUCUCAGUCAUCAGCAUCGAGCGCUACUACUACAUUGUCCACCCCAUGAGGUAUGAAGUCAAGAUGACUACCGGGCUCGCAGUUACCGUUGUGGCUUUCAUCUGGGUUAAGUCGAUCCUCGUAGCUGCUUUGGCACUCGUGGGUUGGCCCCAAGACAACGGGGCCAGCAGUGCCAGCAAGUGUACUGUGUACUGGAGCCCAGGUGCCCACAAGAAGAUCUUUGUGAUCAUCUUCAGCACUCUCUGCUUCAUAGUACCCACCUUGAUCAUCUUUGCAGUCUAUGGCAGCAUCUACAAAGUGGCCCGGAUCGCAUCCUUGCAGCAUGCUCCUGUCCCAUCCUGGACUGCCACACCCAGACCGAGAUCAGACUCCAUUCACAGCCAAGUCACUAUAAUCACAACCAGGAAUGCACCUCCCAGGCUGUCACCAGAACGCUUGUUUGGUGGGAAUAAAGCUGCCCUCACCUUGGUCCUGAUUGUAGGCCAGUUCCUCUGCUGCUGGCUUCCAUUCUUCUCCUUCCACCUCCACUGCUCCAUCAACUCUGCCUUGACCAUCCCCAGUUAUGGUGAGAUUAUUGUGACCUGGCUUGCCUAUUCCUCCUUUGCUAUCAACCCUUUUUUCUAUGGGCUGCUGAACCGUCAAAUCAGGGAAGAGCUGUCCAAGCUGGGGCGGCAUUGCCUCAGCAAGCCCCUGAGCCAGGAGCUGUGCAUCUCCAGUCCAGAAGGGUCCAUCCAUGAGAAUUUCCUCCAGUUCCUGCAGAGGACCAGUUGCACAACAGAGACCCGUUCUACGUAUGUGAAUUCCAGCCCUAGGAACACUAUGGACCAGACUACAAUGGGGUUCCGGAUCCCAGGACAGAUCCCAGAAGAAACCAACUGACGAAAGACCAGUGCUUUCAUGUCACUUCAGCCAUCUCUUUCCACCUGCCUUUUAAGUUAAGAGGGGAAGAACAGAAGGUUCAGUGCACUGAAAGAUCUGACCAAGCCUCCUUUAUGGAGGAAUCUGAAAUUGAACAAUUGAUUUUCUCUCUGAGAAUAAAUGUGAUUAAACGGGU